ACUUUUCGAAAAGGUGGAGUCAGGUUACAAACUCUGGUAACCAAACGCGAAAAGAGGGAGAAGAAAACGCUUGAAUUAUUUACACCAGCGGCGCAGACGCAACACAUACCUGUUGGACACAUUUUACCGUCUUUAUAUGAUAUAUUUGAGCCUUAUUCAUGCGGCUGUAGGUUGUUUAUUGGCUGUCAGGGCUGUUUAGAUGGAGGUUUGAAGAACGAAAGUUAUUCUUAAGACGCCCAGUAUCCGGUUCAAACAGGGGAGAGACAUCAUGGACUCGUUCAGCACGAAGAGCCUAGCCCUGCAGGCCCAGAAGAAGCUCAUGAGCAAGAUGGCAACCAAGACGGUGGCCAACCUCUUCAUAGACGACACCAGCAGCGAGGUACUGGAUGAGCUGUACCGGGUGACCAAAGAGUACACACGCAACCGCAAGGAGGCCCAGAAGAUCAUCAAGAACCUCAUUAAGAUGGUGGUCAAGUUGGGCGUCCUCUACCGCAACGGCCAGUUCAACAACGAGGAGCUCGCGCUCAUCGAACGAUUCCGGAAAAAGGUGCACACACUUGCUAUGACGGCUGUCAGCUUCUACCAGAUCGACUUCACCUUUGACCGCCGCGUCAUGAGCAACCUGCUCAACGAUUGCCGCGAACUGCUGCACCAGGCCAUCAACCGGCACCUGACGGCGAAAUCUCACGGCCGUAUCAACCACGUCUUCAAUCAUUUCUCCGAUUGCGAGUUCCUCGCGACGCUGUACGGACCUUCGGAAGUGUACCGCGGCCACUUGCAGAAGAUCUGUGAAGGAGUCAACAAGAUGCUGGAUGACGGCAAUCUUUGACCACUACCUGUUGUCUUUUUUAUGGAAAUGCUAAACUUAUUUGAAAGUUUUCUUUGUGUGUUUUAAAUGGAGCUUAAGCUUGGAAGAUCCCGUGCCUUAUUUGUGCAUUGGACACUAAAUCAUCUGUCUUGAAUGUACGUUUGUCCUUCCAGUGGAACAUCUUUCUUCUUGACUCUUGUAUUUUUAGAAACUGGGGUUAGAGGUGGUUUACAGCGCAAAUCUAACGUGACCCAAUGCAAAUCUUGCUCCCGUUCGUCCAAAGGUAAUUUGAGAGCACAGUUUGUUUAAGAUCCAGCAUCGGAGGAAAUGAAGGACCAUUUGCAAACCUUUUUGAUGCUAAGAGGAUAUAUCAAGCACUGCAAAUACGAAAUGCACUGGGGGAUAUGUAUGAAACGUUUCAUCUCUAAUUUUAGGAAAUGAGCCUGCAGCAUCACCCUCUCGCUUCCCGAAAAUAGUCACGUUAAAUCUGCAACCCAAAAGGACUGUUUUUGGACAUGUCUCUUGUGAUUCAUCUUCAGGAUGAUGCUAAACUAUUUGUAAACGAUCACCCCUGUGAUUUCUAAACUUGGUCAGAGAGCGGUUUACGUUCAUCUUAUGUUUGUUUUUCCACUCCAUAUCGCCCCCCUGCUGAUGGGAGGUCUUUACCGUGAUGCAGUUCCUUAUCGAGGAAUGAAGAAUGUGCUAGAAUGUCACUGUACUACCUUUCUCCACGUUUAUUUACUGUUUUAAUGAAGGUUUUAUAUGUAUAAAUACACGACUGAGCCGUUAUUUCCCUGAUACGUCACUUCUGAUUGUUUUUAACUUAUGUGAACAAAGAAUUCAGCAACUUUAAAGUCUCAUUGUCCCAUUUCUGCCAUCAGUUUGUAUUAGCUCCAGUGGUUUUGACAGAUUUUUUUGUGUAUUUUACUGGGUGUAUACAAGUUCAGAUCUUUCGACAUCACAUCUGGGACGUUGAUUACCACAAAACAUUGUACAAGCUACCAAAAAAAAGUGUAUACAGAAAUACUUUUACUAGAAGUCUCAUUAGGUAACUGUGUACUUGUCCCAUAGACUUACAUUGUAAGUGCAAAUCUGCC